AUGCUGUUUAUGCAUGCGUCUGGUGAUCAACGUCGGGAGGGGGGGGGGAACUCGCAUCGAUUUCACCACCAUCUACCAUAUCAACCGGAAACUGUGUUUGUGGCUGAUAGAGAGCACCACUGUUUGAGUGAUGCACAGCUACGUGGCCUGUUCGAAUCAGCUGUUAAAUGGUUUGAUAGCGGCAAACCCACUGUCUAUUGGAUAUCCGGAUUCUUCUUCACCCAAGCUUUCCUGACUGGAGUGCUGCAAAAUUACGCUCGACGCAAUACUAUACCAAUUGAUUUACUUACCUUCGACUUUGGACCUACUUCUGUGCUCAAAAAGAGAGCGCGAUGA